AUGCGUACCGCCCAAUUGCUCGCUCUCUCCGGCCUCAUGCUCAUGAGCAACGUCGCCAUGGGCGCCGAGCUGGAACACGACGACGUGCCCAAUCGCUGCUGGGACGUCUGCGGCCCGGUGGUAGGAAUUGCGCACAAAUGCGACAACAUGCACGACAGUGACCGCGCCGAGAUGCAGUGUAUCUGCGACUGGAAGCAGGCACCAUCCCUGAUUCCUCUCUGCGAGGCCUGUAUCGCACAGUAUCGCAGCGAACGCAAUAACAGGGACCAUGAUGAUGAUGACGACGACGAUGACCGCAACCCUCAUCACAACGAUGCUUAUGACAUCCUCACCUCCUGCUCCCUCUCAACAACCAGCUACAACCCAACCGCCGCAGCCUCCGCCGUUAGCUCCGCAAGUGCCAAUGGCACCGGCACAACUCCAACGGCAACCUCAUCGGGCAUCGCCGACUCCACGAAUGGUGGCACCUCGGGCAAUUCCAACAGAAACUCGGCGAGUAGCACCAACUCCGCGGCGAGCGCCCAGAACACCGACAAUGCGGCGUCUGCUUAUUCGAGCCCCAAGGCUGCUUCCUUGGCUGCCGUUGUCGGACUAGGCUUUCUUGCCUGGCUGUGA